AUGGCUGCCAGUGGAGAGGUAGGGAAGCUGUUACAAGUACAAAAUGGGACACCUCCAAGCACCAACUUCAACGGGGUAGAUGCUGUUCAUGCCUGUAACCUCCUUCAGCAGCUCAAAGCCUUGUAUGAUGAAGCACAGCUCACAGACAUCGUCGUAGAAGUGGACCAUGGCAAGACUUUCUCGUGUCACCGAAAUGUCCUUGCAGCAAUCAGCCCAUAUUUUAGGUCCAUGUUCACCAGUGGCCUUACAGAGAGCAGCCAGCGUGAGGUCAGAAUUGUUGGGGUGGAAUCCGAAUCCAUGCACCUCGUCCUAGACUAUGCCUACACAUCCAGGGUCACGCUCUCUGAGUCUAAUGUCCAGGCCCUGUUCACUGCAGCCAGCAUUUUCCAGAUUCCUGCCUUGCAGGACCAGUGUGCCCAGUUCAUGAUCAGCAGACUCGACCCCCAGAACUGUAUUGGGGUCUACAUGUUUGCUGAUGCCUAUGGACAUCAGGAGCUGAAGGAAAGCUCACAGGACUACAUCCGUAAGAAGUUCUUGUGUGUGUCAUGGGAGCAAGAGUUCCUCCAGAUGACCAAGGAGCAGUUGGUCAGCAUUUUGAACAAUGACGACCUCAACGUGGAGAAGGAAGAGCAUGUCUAUGAGAGCAUUAUCCGCUGGCUGGAGCAUGAUCUGUCUGGCCGUGAGGCCCACCUAGCCGAGGUUUUCUCCGAAUGCAUCCGUCUGCCCUUGCUGGAUGAGGCCUUCCUCAGUCGGAUACCUGCCCCCUUCGCUUGUGCCCUAUCCCUGUCUAAGGACCCUGAUGAGGUGAAAGCCCGCCUCACUGGCACCAAUGGUUGCCCACAGCGCCUGGGUAUGACUGCUUCUGAGAUGGUCAUCUGCUUUGACGCCGCUCACAAACACUCAGGGAAGAAGCAGACGGUGCCUUGCCUGGACACAGCCACGGGGAGGGUGUUCAAGCUCUGCAAACCACCCAAUGAUCUCCGGGAGGUCGGUAUCUUGGUGUCCUCAGAGAACGACAUCUACAUUGCUGGAGGUUACAGGCCGAGCAACAGCGAGGUGUCCAUAGACCAUCGGGCAGAGAGCGACUUCUGGCAGUACGAACACGCAGGCAACCGAUGGCUUCCACGUGCACCUCUGCUGAGAGCGAGGAUAGGCUGCAGGCUUGUGCUCUGCUGUGGGAAGCUUUAUGCACUGGGGGGGCGAGUAUAUGAAGGUGAUGGGCGAAACGCAUUAAAGUCGGUAGAGUGCUAUGAUGCCAGGGACAACUGUUGGACAGCAGUCAGUCCCAUGCCAGCGGCCAUGGAGUUUCACAGCGCUGUGGAGUACAAGGACCGCAUCUAUGUCCUCCAAGGUGAAUAUUUCUUCUGCUUCGACCCCCGUAAGGACUAUUGGAGCCAUCUAGCCCCGAUGAGUGUCCCUCGGAGUCAGGGUCUGGCUGCCUUGCAUAAGAACUGCAUCUACUACAUCGCCGGCAUCUGCAGGAACCACCAGCGCACCUUCACCCUGGAGGUCUACGACAUCGAGAAGAACACGUGGAGCCGCAAGAAAGAUCUGCCCUUUGACCAAGCCACAAGCCCGUACAUAAAGGCCAUGCUGCUGCAGGGAAAGCUGCACCUGUUUGUACGAGCCACACAGGUCAUGGUGGAGGAGCACGUGUUUCGCACCAGCCGCAAGAACUCCCUUUACCAGUACGACGACGAGGCAGACGUAUGGACCAAAGUCUACGAGACGCCCGAUCGCCUCUGGGAUUUGGGUCGUCAUUUUGAAUGUGUGGUGGCCAAACUUUACCCACAAUGUCUACAGAAAGUGCUUUGAGGUAGCUGGUUUUUGUGAACCCAAUCUAUGAGGCAGAGGGAGUGGUGUGGUCCUGCCUGCCUUGUGCCUGGUGUUACCUUGGGUUUGCACCACAAGGACCAUUUUUUGGUUAAGUCUUAAGUCGUUCAAACUUUGGUUUAACAUGAUCAAAAUGGGGGUGCUUUUAAAGAUUGCAGUAUUUUUUUCCUUCCCAGACAGCACCAACUACCCACACUGAUGCUUGUUUAACAAAACAGUACAAUGAAUCAUAAGUGCAAUUAUCCUAUUUUUUGCUUGUUGUUGAGCCAUGUUGUUCUAUUUUUGUUUUAGAUACAUAUAGGUAAGGAUUUUUACAAAUGAUAAGCAUGCAAAUGAGGGUAUUGGUAAGAUAAAAGUGCCCUCUGGAGAUAUGGAUGCUACGUGUCAGCAUAGAGUAAAAAUCUAUAUAAAUAUAUAUAUAAAUAAAUAUAUAAACUAUAUAUUCAUACGGGUAAGAUGAGUACCAUAGCUCAUUAGUAGGUUGCUGGCUCUGAGGUGUGUGUGUGUUUUUGUUUUUUUUCUGUUCUCAAUUCUCUUAUUUUAUAGUUUGUAAUUUGAAGUGUGCUUGUGAUUUAGUGUUUUUGAAGCUCGUAUGGAUAUUGUUAAGGCCCCCCUCUUCCUUCACAUGCGUCAGUGUGUCAAACAAUACACUAUGUGUGGCUUCCGAGCUAUUUCUACGUUUUGUUUUUUUUUGUUUUGUUUGAGAUUCCAGUUGCAUUUGGGGGCUCCCGCUCUUUUGAGUUGGCGUCCAUUUUUGUGUCACGUGCGAAGACAACUUAAGUGAAAUGUUAAAGAAUACUCACUCUCCACAUUGGAGAAAUAAGGACGGAGUCAAAUUUGUGGCAACACUAAGUGGAAAGUUCAGACCAACUAACAGGCUUACCUCAGAAACUUCAGAUAUGUUUGAUUAGGAGAAAAGGGACAUUUCAGGCCGUAGUGUUGAUGAAGCAACUGUGUGAAAAGCUCGGCUAAGCAUUGAGCUUCUGUUGUUUUUCGACGUCGGAUUAUAAUCAUUUAGAAAAAAAAGGUUGAAAGAGCCUUCCUCUUAAAUGCCAAAAAAAAAAAAAGCAUUUGAGGUCUUGUUAUAGUUGAUCUGGACAUUUUGUGGUAGCAAUAAGUCAUGGAACUGUGAUCAGGCUAUAUUACGUUAUAUUACCUUAGUAAAAGUGCAUUACUUGUUUUGUGUCUGCUAGUUGAAAAUCACGGUAGUUCCAAUGAUUGUGUGGCUGUUGCACGGGUGCAGGCUUGAAGUGACGCGUCAUUUAGUGCAGAUCAUUCGGGAUUGCCAAUGUGCCUGUGGCUUCAAAAAAAGAAAAGCGGCAUCAGAAAUCAAAAAACUGUUCCUCCUGAUGAAGAAUAUCUGAAAAGUCUUACUCAGCGUUGCACUGAAUCACUCUCCACUUCAGCAGUCCUUCACUGCGAACCUUUACGGAGCACCCUCCCUCGAACAAGCGGACUACAUGAACAAAGCGAGGGUGGCUCGGGUUGUGUGCUAAUUCAUCGAGUCACAGCCAUGAAUCCGUCUUCACGCGCCAUCAUCAUCGUCAUCAUCAUCAUCACACAGAGGACACAAAUUGUUGGUGCUGCUUUUUUCUCUUUUUUUUGUUGACAAUCUUGUAUAGAAGAAUUAAUACCACCGCCGAGUGGCGUUCCCUGUGAAAGUGUGACAUUUUUCAGUGCCGUCAAUUUCCUCAUGCGGGUUCCUGUGUCAUCUUUGCACUACACAUUUCUCUUGUAUCUUAUCUUAAACGAAGAGUUACCCCUCUAUCACGGAAAAACCACAUAGCAAUCAUCUUAAGAGAUUUACAUGGAAAUUAAUACCAGAAGAGUCACACUCAGUAAGGACUUGAGGAUAUGACGUAACUUCUCCAAGAGAAGAUCCCACUGUUGACUGACUUGGAGCUCGUGUUUAAUCGGCCCCGGCUUGAACAAUGCCCUCAAAAACAGCCCUCAUCCAGUGUGAGAGGAGGUUUGAGCUUCAUCCACAUGUCUACAGACGGCCAUUUGAGAACCAGGAACGGAGAACUCUCAGGAUUUCUACUGAUACACAGUACUGUAUUUAAAUGUUUUUGUUAUGUGUAAUAUACUGUACUAUAGGUUUGCUGUACUUGCACAGUUUUUUUUUUUUUAAACUUGUCUUCAGUUUCUUUUAUAACUUGAAAAAAAAUAGAUGUGAUUUUCUUUUUGUUGUUGUCUCCAGUGGCUGUUUUUUUUUUCUUUCUUUUUAUGUAAUUACCUAUUUAGUUAUGGUAGAGUAAUCCUGCUCUGUUGAGAAAAAAUGAUUACCCGCACGAGUGAUACCUUUUUUGAUUUUCUUUCCCCUCAGUAGUACAGUAGUAUUUCUUUGUAACAUCUCACCGAAACUAAGCAUUACAGAUCUACAUCAUCACGUUUUCAAACACCAGUCAUGUAAUACAACAAGCUACAAAACUGCUUUCUAUGUUCAACAGUUAAAGAGGCCUUGGGCUGCAACACACGAGCUCAUUCUGGUCAUUUACAUGUUAUCACUUAAUGGGUGCUAUUCCAUUGUGUUCAUGCUUUUCUUUUUCGCUGGUUUGUCGGUUUUUGGGUUUCGGGUUAUAGUGGUGGUUGAGCUCAACUGUGAAAUUCACAUUGCACAUAAUUUGAAAAUAAAACUAUUAAAAGUGAAAUUUGUUCCAA